GCCGAGCAACUGUGAGGACUGGAUCAAUCAGCAGGUGCCACUUCUCAUCAACUUUUAACAGACUUUCCACACAGACAGGAAGCGGCCGGGCUUUCCUCUUACGUUCAUCCUAAACUGAAAGAGGAAGUUUUUUUCUCAUCUCAUCACAUCUGAGUCCCUUUCGCGUCCCGCGUCUCCAGCCUUGUCUUGAGCUGCGCGCAGAGGGCUCCACACUGCCAUGGACGUCUACCAAGAGGCACUGAGCUAUCUGGAGUCCCACCAUGUAGCAGCAGGAGGAGACAUCCUGGAAGAUGUUUUCCACGAGGAGUCGGUGUCCUGCUUUCUCUCCCCUCUCAGCUCAGAGAGCAUAGACUUCCCUGACACCCCGACGCCAUGCACCCGCGAGGAAAUGCUGGAGAAGAGGCUGGUGGUCCUGAGGGGCAUCCUGGAAAGCGAGGAGGUUUAUCUCAGGGAGCUGGACGCCCUGCUAACGCCCAUGAAGGCGCUGCGGGCCUCGGCGGGGACGUCCCAGCCGGUGCUGUCCAGUCAGCAGGUGCAGACUGUUUUCUACCAGGUCCCGGAGCUCAGAGAUGUCCACCAGAGCUUCUUCUCGGGCCUGAAGGCCCGUUUAGGUGCUCACGGCCAAGCAGAGAUAAGCCCUGCUCAGGAAACGGUGAUGUGCGGCAACUCUGAGCUGGAGGUGGGAGACCUGUUUCUAAAAAUGGUAAACCACCUUGGGCUAUAUGGAGGGUUCAUCGAAAACUAUGAGAAAGCUGUUGAAGUUGUCAGGAAGUGCACACAAUCGAAUUCUUGCUUCCGCACUCUUGCAGAGAGCAUGUACAUUAACGGUGCUGACAAAGCUCGGACGACAUACACUCUAGAAGCCCUGCUCUAUAAGCCAUUGGAUAGAGUAACCAAGACCACACUAGUGCUUCGUGAUCUCCUGAAGACGACGCCGGUCGAGCACAAAGAUCACGCAGCCUUACAGGAAGCUCUGAGAUUGUCUCAAAGCUUCUUGUCCGGAGUCAAUGAGAGUUCACAGAGCAAACGGGAGGUCACGCUCACCCACGGCAUGAGGCGGCAGCUGAUGCGUGACGGCUUCGUGGUGGAUGUAAGCGAAGGUGUCCCCAGCCUGCGUCACCUCUUCCUCUACACCGACCUCCUGCUGUGCACCAGAUUCAAACAUGCAGCCAGAGGGAAGCAAGACCAGUACAGGUUCAGCUGGUACCUGCCUCUGGCUGGACUCAGACUCCGCUGGGUCACAGAUCAUGAACGACCUCCUGAUACGACAGUUCGCCUGCACACGCUGAGAACCAAGAUGUUCCUCUUACGGCAGCAGCUGCAGCAAAAUGCGAAAAGCACCAGGGGCCUGACCUGGACGGCUCGUAGCAGGAAGAAGCUGGAACAGAUGGAGCUGCUGCUUCUCACACACUCCCCCGUAAACAGACUGGACCUGCAUAGCCCCAGUGGCAAGAGUCACACGUUAUCCUUCUCGUCUCUGUACGAACUUGAAGAAUGGAGAGACACCAUCCACAAACUCACCACAGAAAACAUUGAAACCAUCCCUCCGGACCUGCUCACUCUCACCAGUGCCUGUGUGAAACUCAGAAUGACCCAGCAGCCACAUCUUCACAGCUCUGGCGCCGAAGACGAGAAGUCCUUGUGUGGGACAGUUGCUGUGGCGAUCCAUUCAGCUUCUGGCCUGCAGGAAGCAGCGUGUGUUUAUGUGUGCGUGGAGGUCGACGGUUAUGAGUUUUACGAUAAACAAGCCCAGACACACACCUCCGUCUGCAGCCUCAACCCACACUGGGACCAGGAGCUGUCCUUCCAGGUGGAUGGUGCGCAGAAGAUGAUGGUGCUCUGUGUGAGUCAGUCAGAUGGACAGGAUACAGUCCUAGGGAAAACUACUGUACAGUUGGAGUCUAAAAGCCUGAGUAGCCGAUGGAGAAGGCAGACCCUACAGCUGGGUCAGGUGGAGGUGACCCUCUCCCUGAAGUACUGUCCGCACCAGCUAGAAGCACCUGGCUCCCCAAUUCAGCAACCACCCAUCUUCUGUGUCCCCAUCGAAACGGUGGCUCAGCAGGAAGGGGUGCUGGUUCCUCAUGUGGUGAGAUGCUGCGCGGAGGAGGUGGAGAGGAGAGGCAUGGACGAGGUGGGAAUCUACAGGAUUUCAGGCUCCACCACGGACAUCAGCUCGCUUAAAGCUGCGUUCAACAGCAAUCUGAGAGAAGCAGUAACCAGAAUGAGAUGUGCCGAGGUGAACACAGUCUCUGGUGUCCUCAAGCUAUACUUCAGAGAGCUGCCGGAGCCUCUCGUACCCGCAGAUCUGUUUCAGGGUCUGGCCAACGCUCUGGACAUCCAGGACAUGAACUCACGGCUCGCCGCCAUGCUGUCUUUGCUGGAGACCACUCCUGAUGUCAACCGCAACACUUUCCUCUACCUCCUGCAUCACCUCCAAAGAGUUGCACAGAGGCAAGAUGUUAACAAGAUGACACUCCUGAACCUGGCUACGGUUUUUGGCCCCAGCCUCUUGCGCCCCCCGGUGGCCGGAGUGGAGCACAAUGGAGCCACCGUGGACAUUUCUCAGGAGGUGGUGAUACAGGUCCAGGUGGUUUACUCCUACCUGCAGAGCAACAACCUCCCUGAAGCCCAGACCUCUGCGCCGUACAACGCAGACGCUGAAGAUGAGACCACCCACUUGUGAGACCACCAACCGUCUGCUGGCUGGCGGCAGAUUAAUAUAGCUAGACGGGAGACAUCCGAGCUGCCACUGUAAGAUAAUAAACGUAAUUUAUUGUUUCAGAAAA